UAAAGAGAUACAGCAAAGAAAGUGCUGUAGAAGGAAAGAAGGAUGCUAAAAUCAGCUUUAUCCGUGCUGCUCUUCUCCUGUUUGCUGGGACCUCUGGACUGUACAGUUAAUAAACAGGAAACAGUCAAAAGUGGAGAAAAUGCCACUCUGCAGUGCUACAGCUCCACAGGUGCUGCUGUCAGCAUGUUGAUGUGGAGGAAUCCUGACCUGCAGUCAGAGCUGGAAGAACCUGACAAGCAGCUUUAUGUGUUGUACAUCAGAGAGAAUCUCAGUUAUGAAAUAUUUCAGCUUCCAUCUUUUAAAGGUCGAGUGCAGCUCAGAGAUCCACAGAUGAAAGAUGGAGACCUCUCUGUGAUUAUCAAAAAUCUCUCCAUGAAUGAUGCUGGAAUAUAUGAAUGUUAUGCUGGAUAUGACAAAGAGGACCCUCAGCUUAUGAGCAGCACCAACCUGACAGUUGAAGAACCAGGUCCAACAGGUGGAACCACAGAGGAUGGAGGGAAGAAGAGUGAUUUUGUUGGAAUUUUUGUUAGCAUGAUGGUCACUAUGAUAAUUUCUUCUGUGCUGUUUUGUGUUCUUCGUGUUUUUGUUAUUGCUUGUUGUAUCUCCAUCGGAAAAUGUCUAAAUCUAUUAAAGUCGAAUUAUCGGUGUCCUGCAGAUCAGGUUCUUUAAAUGCUUCCAGCAGCUUCAUAACUGAACUGUGAGUCCUGCUGCUGUUCCAGGUUCCCAGCAGCCAGUUCAACAUUCACAGUAACUGAAGCUCAGAGUUCACAGUUAAAAUUAAAUGAUGUGAGAUGGAGUGAAAGUGGAAUUUGGCAGCAACACUCACAUCUGGUUUUCCUGUGAUUAUCUGAUCUCACUGCUCAUCAUA